AUGAACAGUCCGUACGCCAAAGAACUCACCGUCGCUAUUGGCGCUUUGCAAAAAGCUGCUCAAUUGAGUCAAUCGAUUGUUUCCGACAAGGACAAAGGCGCAAUUGAGAAGGACGACUUGAGUCCCGUCACAGUCGCCGAUUUUGCAGUCCAGGCGCUCCUCACAGCGACGAUCAAGAAUGCGUUUCCACAGGACAAAGUCGUAGGAGAGGAAGAUGCUUCGGACUUGAGGCAGAAUUCUAUGUUGAUGGAAAGGGUCUGGCAGCUUUUGGAGGGUGUUGCCGGGGAUGAGGAUACAAUGUCACUGUGCAAGUUGCCUGAGAGCAGGGAGCAGAUGUGUGACCUUAUUGAUGAGUGUGGAGCUAGUAGCCCGUCUGCCACUGGGAGAACUUGGGUGUUUGAUCCGAUUGAUGGGACGAAGACGUAUCUACUCGGUCAGCUUUAUGCUAUCAAUAUGGCUUUGCUUGUGGAUGGUGAACAGACUGUUGGGAUCGUUGGUGCACCAAAUUUGUCAAUUGAUGCAAAGGCGCCUCUCAAGAACGAAGACAUUGAUCCCACUGGCGAAGGAUGCAUUUUCUUCGCUGUCAAAGGUCACGGCGCUUACAUACGCCCCCUGCGAUUUGACCAACCCAGGACACUCCCACUCUACAGCAACAAAGACAUCAGCUUCGUCACCAGCUCAACAGUCGACUCCGCCCUCUCCGGCAUUCACGAAAUCGUCGCCUCGCGUCUCAGCACUGCUUAUCCAGGAAACGACCUCCUCCCUUGGGUUCUUCGCUGGGCUGUUCUCGCAAUGGGUCUCGGCAACACGACAGUCUGGGUUUACAAGCGCCGAGAUCGAUACGCUAAAGCUUGGGAUCAUGCAGGUGCCAUGUUACUCUUUGAAGAGACUGGUGGAAAGAUCACAGAUGUUCAUGGGAAGAAGAUUGACUUGACGGCUGGGAGGAAGAUGAGUGCGAACUUUGGGUUUGUUGCAGCAAGGGAGGACCAUGCGGGGGUUUUGGAGGCUGUGAGGGAGGUGUUGGUCGAGCAGGGAAAGGAAGAGUUUUUGAAGUGA